AUGGACAGCCUCAACGACAUCUGCGACAUCGGUAACGACUACGUAACGUGGUGCUAUACGACGGUCCUCUUGCAGAUGGCAGACAUGACGAGGAAAGUCAUGACACGGCAAAAAGCAGCAUCUCCUGGUGAAAUCUUCGCUGAGGCCGGCGGCUACUUUGCGAUCGUGCAGUUCGUGUGCUGGAUCGCCAGCGGCAUGGCGUUCCAGUAG